GAAUUACCAGCAGUUGCUGACCCGGCAGACGGAAAAUGUCUUUUAGGAUCGUGGCUGAAUAGAAAUUUGAAAAUUACAAUGACGGACGGCCGAACUCUGAUUGGCGUCUUCAUUUGCACCGACAAAGACUGCAACGUUAUACUUGGCUCGUGCUUAGAAUACCUCAAACCACCUGAUGGCUGUGAAGAAGAGGAAGAACCCCGCAUUUUAGGACUUGCCAUGAUCCCAGGACACCACAUCGUUUCAAUUUCAUUGGACCAGUCGAUUCAAUAA